AUGAUAGAAAUGAAAUUGACGAGAACAAAAUUCCCCGAAAUCGAGCCUGAAUGCUUACUCAAAUACGGAGAAAUUGAAGCGGAACAAGCCGACUACGAAAUUUAUGACUUAAAUAUAACCGAUAAUAAUGUUGAGGAAAAAAUAAUCAAAGUUAAGGAUUUAACUGAUUUUGUGAAUAAUUGGUUAAAGAGAUUAUUUGAUAAUGAUUUCAUUUCUCAGUUUGCUAACCAAGAAGGAGAGGCGAGAACUUUUGCUAAUAAUCCUGAUAAUCGGGCAGGAGUUUUAGCUUACCAAAAGACUGGUACUGGUUUAGGAGGCGAAAUUGAAAUUAGUGGGACACAAGCUGAAAGAGAUUUUUACCCUCUAACUACUUCAUUCGCCCAAGCCCAAAAAGAAAUUUGGAUUGAUGCUUUUCAUGG